AUGCGCACAAGCAGGUGCUGUAUCUUUCUUGAGAUCCUGAUCGCCAUUCUGCUUCCCCCUCUCGGGGUUUUCCUCCGCCACGGCUGCUGCACGGUGAGUCCGCUGCUUCACGGCGAUCUUCGUUUUCUCCCCUUUCUUGGCCCCAAUCUGAUGCGUCCCUCUCCGCGAGUUCUUCCCCUUUUAUGCAGUUGGAGUUUUGCAUCAGCUUGCUGCUGACUUUCCUGGGAUACGUUCCGGGAAUCAUCUAUGCGGUGUAUGUGAUCGUCGCCGUCGAUCCGGAGCCGCCCUAUUGCCCGGAGCCUGAUUACUGGCGGCCCAUCAAUGCAUAG